AUGAAUGGAGACAUUGGUUUGGCGACCGAUGCGCAGCCAGAUAAAAUAGAGGCAAUUAGGACGAUUGCGAGCUAUAUGAGAAAUAUUCUGAAUGACGAUGACGGAGAUGUAAUGUCGAGAAGGCGCAAGUUAGAACCCCUUGAGGAAGUGGUUGCCAAAUUGAGGCGCACUGUCGAUGAAAGAGCACGUAUCAUUAGAACUAUGGGAGCAGCAGCCAUUCGAUCCGGUACCACAAAGAGAUAG